AUGCCCGUACUUCGUUGGAACUCAACAGGCGUCACUGUCGCCGGAAUAAGUGGAAAUGCAAGUUCUGGUAGCAAUUAUCUCAAUAGACCAUUUGAUGUAACAUGGGACUACGCAAAUAAUCUUUAUAUUGCUGAUCGAAAUAAUAAUCGAAUUCAAAAAUAUUUAUUCGGUACCACAAACAUUACGACUGUGGCUGGAGAUGGAACACUCGGUCCAUCUUCAUAUCAAUUACAUUAUCCAUCACGUGUAAUAUUUGACUCGAACGGAAAUCUCCUUGUAACAGAUUCAGCGAAUCAUCGAAUUCAGUUGUGGCCUAGUGGUGGUAUUUCGGGAACAACAAUUGCAGGCGUGACAUAUUCUGCAGGAAACUCCAGUACUCAGUUAAAUACUCCAUAUGGUAUCGUGUUGAAUCCAAUAUCAGGUGCACUUUAUAUAUCGGAUUCCAUGAAUCACCGUGUCGUCUCUUAUGCAUCCGGUGCUAAUUCUAGUACAUUAUUAUUGGGUGGUAAUGGGGCAGGUGCAUCUAAUAUACAAUUAAAUAAUCCUGUAGGUUUACAUUUUGAUUCAUUUACGAAUAGUUUGAUCAUUGCCAAUUUUGGUGGUAAUAAUAUUGUUCAAUAUGUAUUAGGUGCAAAUAAUUGGACACUUCUUGCUGGCGAUAUUAAUGGAGUUUCAGGAAUGACAUCAACAACUUUGAACGCUCCUACUCAAGCAGUAUUUGAUCCUAUGGGUAAUAUGUAUGUUGCUGAUAGAAAUAAUCAUCGUGUUCAGUUCUUUUAUAAAGGACAGUUAAAUGGCACAACUAUUGCCGGUGUAACAAGCACAAGUGGUAGUAGUGCCACUACACUCAAUACACCUUGGUCUUUAAAACUUGAUAAUCAACUUAAUUUGUAUGUGGCAGACUCACUUAAUCAUCGAAUACAAAAAUUCUCACGUUAUUAA